AGAACAGCUGACAUUGCUACAACAGAGGAAUACCAAUAAUACUGGUCUCCUGUAUUUAAUUGGCCAGCCAAAUAAGACAUGCACGCAUUCCCAGCGCACUAAAUACAUACCACAUUCAUUGCCAGUGCGUCAGGGACAAACCUGUUUCCAUUUGUAUACACCUAACAACUUUGUAGGCAGACCUAUAAAACAGUACAUAGACAGGCUGCAAUCAAUAGAAGAAUUGAAGCUGUUAAUUGACGUGGCAGGGGUCCAACAGUCAACCAGUUCUGACAGUUUCAACUUCUGCUGGGAUAUUCGAUCCUUCCUCAAACACAGUACUGAAUAA